AUGUGCAAGGUGGUAGUCAUCACGUUGUCCUCUGUUCCAGAGUUUUUCGACGAACUGGUGCAGCUCCGCGCCAAAUGCGACUCGAAGGACAAGGAGCUGUACAACUUGUUAGAGGAGCAGGAAAGAAUCCGCGCUUUGCGCUUGCAUUCCGCUGCGAAGAAUUAUUUUUACUUCUUUGAUAGUGGGUUUCGUCUUUUUUUCGGACGCGAGUUUCCGUAGGAGUAGAAAAAUGAGUAACAAAUAAUUUCUUAAGAGAAAAGGCCUGUAAUUUCUGACCUUCUAUUAAGUUGCCGAAGACUUCCAAAGAAAAAUCAAAAAACAAAAAAAAGUUUUCUUUUGAAAAUUCGUGAUAGCCGUUUUUUUCCAGUGAACGUGAAGUGCUAAAAACAAAGAAAUUCAGUUUUCUGAACUUUUUUUGGUUUUUCUAGAAUCACAGCCUCUUUGCCUCAAAAACGAGUUUUUCAGAGACGACGAGACUCAAUGAAGCCAUUCUGCCCGGCGAGACGCCUCUCACGAUGAGAAAACGCCAUAUAAGUUGAGAUUUGGUCGUUUUCAAUCUUGAUGGAAUGUUUCCAGAGGAGAAGCAGGUUGCUCGGAGGAUCGGCAUUCUCUACAAUGCCCGUCACUGGAGAAUCAACCCGGUGAAGAAGGUCCCCAGAGACUACGUGGAGAUGAAGAAAGCACUCCCACAUCCAACGGGUCCGGACGACAAAAUCGAGAAGUGCAGCAAGAACAAGAACAAGAAGAAAUGA